AUUUAUUUGAUAAAAUCCUUUUUAAAAAUGACAAUCUUAUCAACCGAAAUCAUACUAACUUUGAUAGCCUUGAUCCUUUAUUACCUGUAUUAUAGAAAAUUCAAAUUCUUUACAAUAGUAGAGAAGUUAGAACAACAUAAUAUAAGAAACAAAUUGCCUAGAGGAAAAUGUCCACCAUCUUAUCCUAAUGGUUGGUAUCGUUUAUGUAGAUCAGGAGAAUUGAAAUAAGGGUAUUAUUGUUAAUAAAUCAAAUAGAGAUGUAAAAGAAAUAAAACUAUGUGGAAGACAUAUUGCUUAUUAUAGAGGAACAGAUAAAAAUGUUUAUGCAGUAGCUGCUUAUUGUCCACAUAUGGGUGCUAAUUUAGGAAUUGGAGGAUAAGUAAAAUUUAGAUCUUGUAUUGAGUAAUUAUUAUUUAUAAUUAUUAAUAGAUGUCCUUUUCAUGGAUGGGCAUUUGAUGGUAAAAGUGGUUUAUGUGUUAAUUCAGAUAAAUUAGAUCCCAAAAUUGUUUAAACUUAUUGCUAUCCAGAUAUUGAAAAGGUGACUAAAAAUCAAAAAGGAGAGUAUUUAUAGAAAAUAUCUGAAGGGGAAGUUAAAAUUAAAACUUAUCUUGUCAAAGAAUUAAAAGGAAUUGUAUAUAUAUGGCUACAUAAUAAAGAAUCUAAACCGUAAAUAUAACAACAUAUUAUUAUUUUAGAUGGUACGAUUUGGUAAGUGAGUAAAGUGAACAUUUAACUUUGAGAGCUGAAAGUGUUAAUUAUGUAAAUUGUCACAUAUAAGAAAUACCAGAAAAUGGUGCUGAUAUGAAACAUUUUGAUUAUAUCCAUUAUUCAGCUAUGGAUAUUAUUCCAUCAUGGAUAUUAUAAUUAAAAUGGGAAAUGAGAACCAAAAAUGCAAAAGAUUCUGAUUUUUUGGAAAAGAUGACACAUCCAACAGAAAAAUGUAGAAUUUAUUAAAAAACUUUAUUUGAUCAAUAUCUUGUUAAUAAAGAACUUAUACCAUAUAUGAAUGUACUCUUAUUAGAUGGAUAUGUAAUAUUCUUUAAUAAAUAUAAAUUUCAUGCUGUUUGGGCAACUGGAUUUUAGAUGGGUCCAGCAACAGUUGCUUUAUAUGUUAAGAGUGCCUUAUUUGAAGUCUUAUUUAAAUAAGCAAUUCAACCUGUUGAAAAAUUCACUUAAAAAGUUUACCAUACUGUAUUUACUAAUGGUUAUUUACCUUAUUGGUUAUCAGCAUACCUUCUUCAUGCUGAAUUGAGAUAAGUGAUCUUUGAUGUUAAAUUAUGGAAUGCAAAGAUAUUCUCAGAAACCUUAAGAUAUAAUAUGAAAACUUAUGCAGAUUAAGCAUUAUUAAAUUGGAGAUAAUGGUAUUCCCAAUUUUAUGAAGGAUCUGCUGAAUUUGAAAAGAAUUUAGAUAUCUUAGAAUGGUGAUUUG